AUGAAGUGCCUGGGGUGGUGGGGGAAAUGUGAAGAUGCUGCAGGUGAUGCCAGAGGGGAGAGGAUACUCUUAGACUCCUCCUCCUACGUGGCCCAGCCAUACCUCUCCUUUGUCAUCGAUGUAGAAAAUUCAAGGAAAAUUUCUGUGAGCAUAAGUUGGAGAGAUGCCGAGCUCCAGAAGGUGGAUCGUGUCUCAAACCACUUUCCUUUAGGACAUGGCAUCCAUAUUAAGAAAGCUGAUUCAGGUCCAGAUUUCAUGCCAUCGAGUGCAGAGUCUAAUUGUGUGAAACGUUGUGAAGAUAAAUUGAAAACUGUUUUUGGCCUCAACCUGCGUAUGGAGAAGUGUUAUUUCUGUUCAGGGCCCAUCUACCCCGGCCACGGCAUGAUGUUGGUCCGCAAUGAUUGCAAGGUAUUCAGAUUCUGUAAAUCCAAAUGUCAUAAGAACUUUAAAAAGAAGCGUAAUCCUCGAAAGGUCAGGUGGACUAAAGCAUUCUGGAAAGCAGCUGGCACAGAGCUUACAGUGGAUAACUCGUUUGAAUCUGAAAAACCUAGAAAUGAACCUGUCAAAUACCAGUGAGAACUAUGGAAUAAAAAUAUUGAUGCAAUGAAGAGAGUUGAAGAGAUCAAACAGAAACGCCAAGCUAAAUUUAUAAUGAACAGAUUGAAGARAAAUAAAGAGCUACAGAAAGUUCAGGACAUUAAAGAAGUCAAGCAAAACAUCCAUCUUAUCCGAGCCCCUCUUGCAGGCAAAGGGAAGCAGCUGGAAGAAAAAAUGGCACAGCAGUUACAACAGGAUGUGGACAUGGAGGAUGUUUCUUAAAAAUC